AUGCCCGACACCAUGGUAGAGCCACCAGCCAAACGCGCCAGACGAACGGACAGCUCUGCAAUGUGGGAUAUGAAUGAUAAUAGCACGCGGUCUGAUGGUGAAUCUAAGGAAUCUAGUGGUACCUUGAGAAAACCAGCAACAGGCAGUGAGGAAGUCUCCAGGAACGGGUCCUCUAGAGGGGAACGGCGAGUGCGAUCUCGAUCUCGAUCUCGGGACAGAGGAGAGAGACGGCGAGACAGAAGCUGGUCAAGGGAUAGACGACCGCGAGAUUACCCACGAGAUACCCGGAGGGACUCUGACAGAGAUGGUAGAGGUGUCAAAGGUCGGGAGAGGAGCUUAAGCAGGGAGAGAUACAGCUCACGUCGUGACUAUACGUCCAGAUCCAAAAGACACCGCGAGAGAUCGUUCAGCCGGUCGCCGUCGAGAUCACGCUCUCCUGCACGGAAUGGCCGUAGAGCCCGCUCACGGUCACCCGCCCGGAGAGGCGGACUUGAUCGCGCGGAUACAAAACACAGCCGACACGGAGAACCCAGCAGAGAACCCAAUGGCGUAGCUAGCUCUGCGCGACCGCCGACAAAGUCCGGCCGGCAAGACGAAAUGGAGGUGGACAUACCAGACGAUCCAGACGACCUUGACCAAGUGAUGAUGAAAGCCAUGGGAUUCUCCUCCUUUAAGAGUACACAGAACACUAAGGUCCCGGGAAACAACGUCUCCGGUGUCCGAAAGGAGAAGAAGACACAGUACAGACAGUACAUGAACCGUGUGGGAGGAUUCAACAAACCGCUGAGUCCAACUCGAUGA